UUUUUUUUUUUUUUUUUGAAAAACCAAAAAUUUGAAGAAAGAGAAAGAGAAUGUUCACCGUUUGAGAAUUGGAAAUCUGAAGCUCUGAGCUCAUACACUACCGAAGUUUCUUUGGUCCAGGUACACAUUGAUAGAGUUCAAUUAAGGAUUCAAAUAAAAUAGUGUCAAAAUGGAUCCUCGGUGUGUGAAGUGUGGUCGUGGGAUUGAAAAGCUCUACAUACAAUAUUCUCCGGGAAAUAUCCGGCUCUUAAAAUGUGGUGACUGCAAGUCAGUUGCCGAUGAAUACAUAGAGUGUGAUCUCUUGAUUCUCAUCAUUGACUUGAUCCUUCACAAGCCUCAAGCUUAUAGGCACUUGCUCUUCAACGUGCUUCGCUGCAAAAAUUUAGAUUUUGACACCUUAUUGUUCAAAUCAUCUUUCUUUUUCCUCUUACUUGAUGCUUACAAGUUGUGGAUUUUGAAUGGAACCUCAGAAGAACGGUCAGUUUUGAGCUUGGGAUGGAAGACUUUAGGUUGUUCUCUUUUAGAGAAUUUGGCCUUCUUCUGUGUUUUUGCUGUAUUUUCGAAGAGAUAUUUGACUUUUGUAGAGGGCUUUUCUGGGUACAAAGAUGUGUUACUCACCAUGGUUGUUUCAAGUUACUUGAAGAUUUAUAUGUUGUCCAUGUUGGUCUGGGAAUUUCCUACUUCAGUGGUUUACAUUGUUGAUUUGUUUGUUAUGUCAUCAAAUCUGGUAGCUUUGCGGGUGAUCUCUAAGUCAUCUUUUACUAGAUGUGUCGGAUUAUGCCUCGGUGCUCAUGCCCUAAAGUUCUUUGUGCACUGGAUGCUGAAAUAGUUAUAAUGUUCCUGUUGUAGAUUUUGGGUCAUUCCUUCAUACUUCAAUAUUUGUGUGGUUAUUGAAAUUAUCUAGAGAGAACACUCAUUUUUUAAUGCUAAUUGAAUGAAAUACUCUGAUCUAGAAGAAAAUUUUGUUUAUUAUGUGGCUCUUUGAGCACAAUUUUUGCAA